AUGGUUGCUGUGAUGGGCUUGAUCAGCAUUAUCCUCUUUACACUGCUGAUAAAGAGCAAGCUGAAUCCCAGAGAGUUGCUGUUUGCCCGUGCCGUCAUCUUCACUGUGGAGGAGAUCAACAAAAACCCAACCCUGCUCAAUGGAGUGACGCUAGGCUACAGGCUCUAUAACGGCUGUGGGAGUCAGAGCCUAAUCAGCCACCUUUCUACUUGUGCCUGUUUAAGUGAUAAACGUAUAUAUCCAACAUUUUUUAGGACUGUUCCCAGUGAUCAGUUUCAAAUUACUGCUUUGGUACAGCUCAUGAAACAUUUUGGCUGGCAGUGGGUAGGAAUAAUUAAAAGUGCUGAGGUAUAUGCAUCUGAUGGUGUAGCUGAGUUCAUUAAGCAAGGAAAAAAUGAGGGUAUCUGUGUGGAAUAUGUGAUUUUCUACGGAAGGUCUAAUACUAAGAUAGAACAUAAAGUAAUAGAGCAACUGAAAGCCUCUACAUCAAGCGUAGUCCUGCUAUUCAUGUCCUUAUCUUACACGAGAGAGUUAUUUAAAAAAGUAGACGGGAAUAAGUUACCUCGUAAACAAUGGAUAGGUAGUGAAGCUUGGAUCUCACAGGUAGAUUUGGCUUCCCUUGGAAGUAAGAACAUCUUACAUGGGGCAAUGGGGUUUGCCCUGCCUCAGUCUAUUAUUCCAGGUCUUCUUGAGUUUAUACUGAGCCUGAAACUGAGUGAUGAACCAGAGAGUGUUAUGAUCAAAGCUUUUUGGGAAGGUUUCUUUGACUGCAGCUUCACUCCAUCAAAUACCACAAACCUCUGUACUGGGGAUGAGGAUCUGAGAACAAUCACUAGUGCCUACACAAACACAGAAUUAAGAUCGGUGAGAAAUGUGUACACAGCUGUGUACUCGAUUGCACAUGCUAUUAAUGCGAUAUUGCAAUGUGAAAAUGGAUUAAAUCCCACCACAGGAAAACACUGUGUAAGCAAGACUGAUGUCCAGCCCAAACAGGUAUAGUAUGCUCCGAUAAAUAACUAAGUAUGGUCUUAUUGUCCUGCUAUUUUUGAUGUGUAAUUAUAUUUACACACAUUUUGUAUAUGUUUACAAUUAGAGAGUUCUCCAAUAACAUAAUAACAUUGAAUAUUCUCUGUGCAGGUUCUGGAACAACUGAAGCUGGUGGAUUUUACCGUACUGAAUGGUUACAAGGUAUCUUUUGAUGAAAACUGAGAAAGUGUGGCACAGUAUGACUUGUUAAAUUGGCAGUACAAAGAUGAUGACUCUGUGAAUGUCAUUACAAUUGGCCACUAUGAUAGCUCUUUGCCUGAAGGACAGAGAUUCAGGUUUACACAAAACACAACAAUUGUAUGGGCCCUUCAGAGCCUUGAGGUAAAAUAUAUCUUAAAACUAAAAGUAAAAAAAUUCUUUCAGUGACUUCAUUCCUCAGAAUGUCUACUACUGCUAUCAUUUGAUUGUGCAACAUACUCAUAUUUUUAGAACUCAUGUCUCUG